AUGUUACUUUUGCAAAUCCUUGUUUCGGUCAUAGCACCGAUACCAUAUGUCCUUCCAAACACGUACAGUGUUGCUACAGCCAAAGUUCUCAUGAUCGAUAGAGUUAGUUCUACUAACGAUGGAAAUGAUCAGAAACAAUUCACUAGAUUAUAUGAAUGUGUUGAAGAAGGUUGUGUUAAUUUUUUUGAACUUGGUAACUAUUUUGGGCCUGUUACAUGUGGAAAACAUCAUCGUAUGCCUAAACGGCCGGGCAAGAAAUUUUGCACCUCCGCAGGUCCUUUUAAUCCAUUAAGUUCUCAUAGUGCUCAAGGACAUUUUACGCCCGCUGUGUAUGUUCUAAUGGAAAAGUCGUCUCUGUCAUAUGAGCUUCUCUUCAAGCAGGUAUCGCAACUGCUAGCCGAUUGGACUCCCUUGUCAGUCAUAUCUAACUUUGAUAAUGAUUUAAUUCAAAGUAUCAGAAAAACAUUUCCAGAAACAGACGUUACCGGAUCCCAUUUUCACUUCAAACAAAUUCUUAUGCGACACUCAAAUUUUGUUAUGUUAUCUUACAAGCCACCGAAACAAGUUGUCGAAUGCUUUAAUCAAUUAAAGAAUGAAUAUGACGAUCAAAUAUUUACUGAUUAUUUUCAUGCAAAUUUUAUCGAUCAGGAUGCACCAUUCUCACUCAAUUUCUGGAAUAUUCACGAUAAUCUAAAACAGUCAUUAGCGAUCGCCAGUGACAUUGAAUACUGGCACAAUUACUUUGCACAUCGAUUAAUCAGUAAUGAAAACUGGAAUGACCUGACCUUAUUUCUAGAACACUUGAAAAUUUUAGACAGGCAGAGUACCGACAACUUGCCCACGGGAGAAUGA